AUGCGGCAGGGGACGAGAGGCUGGUGCAGGGAGGCUGACUCGCCAGGCCCCCGUUCUCUAUGGGGUACCCCCUCACCCCCCCCUUCAGAAGUCCUGGCGUCUGGGAAGGCAGGAGGGAUUUUACCUCAGGAGAGCAGCCGCCUCCAGCGGGGAGGGGAUGGUGCAGGCGGCGAGGGGCCAGGCUCCUCUCUCCCCCAUGGAAGGUGUUUAACCGGCUCUCCCAAAUCGCCCGCAGAUUACGGGACAGGGUCACGAUCGAUUAGGACUGCAGGGGAGGGAGACCGCUGGAGUCACCAGGGGGGUGGGGUCCUGCGGCGGCGGCUCCGAAGCGUCCUUUCCUUGCUUCGCGUCCUCGCAGCUGCAGGCGAUUGCCCUUACCCCUCAUGUAAAACAAUCGAUUAUCGCGGGGGGAGGGGGCGCGAGACCGGCUCCGAGGAGUCGGGAGGCGUUUCAGUAAUCGGCGAGUCUGGAUAUUACGGAAUCUCUUGUCCCCGGCCGCCUCCUGCUCGCUGCCGCAGCCGGUACCUCCCUCCCCUCCCGGCCGCCGCCGAGUCCCGUCUCCUCAGGACAGAGCCGCUGAGCGAAAUGACAACCAGCUGGAGGGAGGCAGCGCGGCACUUCCGGUUUGAGGAGGACACACCUCCAGCCCCGCCUCCCUCGCGUCUCCUCAGGCGGAGGCCCCGCCCCCGCCUGCUUUACAAGCCUCUUCCUGGCGACGUCAUGAGAUUCAAGGAGGGGCGGCGGCCAUUUUUGGUAGGGGCACAGAGGUGCCACUCCGACCGCCAUCUUUGUGGUGGGCAUUCUUCCCUGCUUGGUGGCCAUCAUGGAUUGGGGCAAGCAUCUGCUAGCUGCCAGCAGGACGGCCAUCUUGGACUGAAGAAAGCAGUCACUCGGUUAUUAUUAUCAUCAUCAUCAUAGAUUCAGAGUUAACAAGCACUUCUGUCAAGAAGCAAUGAACCUGGCUCCAACAAUGUAUUGUUGAAUAAACAGUUGGAAAAGGACUGCGUGGCUGGCCUUCAUUUAAAUUCAGGCACACCCGUGCAAUGCAUUAGCAAAGUGCUGAUCAACUAGUGAUACAAGUAGAACUUCCAAACUCUGAUGCUAAUCACCUUGCAUGAAAAACACGGUUUCCUGGCACUAGCUACCUGAUGGAGGCUUCUCAACGGGUGAUAUUUUGAUGGCAUCGGCUUCCCAGCAGGAUUUGCGUCAUUUUAUACAAUCUCUUGAAGGAAAACUGCACAAUGAUAUAGAAGAGAUUGCAGUCAUGACAUGUAAUUGCAAAGAAGAAUAAAUCACUAAAGAAAAUUAGUAGUGUCUAUAAAUAUCAGCAACCAGAAAGGAAGCUGCCGCAUUGAUGGUUUGAUGAUGUAAAGUAAGAAAAGCUCAGGAAAUGCAGCUGAGCUUUAUUUGGAAUGCAUGAACAAACAGGAGGAAUUAUGAUUUGCCACAUAAGUUGUGUGGAGUUUUUUUAACUGAUUAAUUUAGACGCUAUAUAAAUACUUUGAAAUCAAUCACAUUUAACAGCUAUAGAAUUUCAAACAACUCUGAAAGUCUCCUGCUUUCCCAAAUGUUAAAAUAGGAGCUUGCAUUUUCCAAAUCACAUGCUACAUCACCAGCCUGUAGUUCCUGCUGGGAAAUAUCAGAAGAGCAGCAGCCUCCACUGAGAGCUAAAGAUAUUAUUACUAGUUUCUGCAGUGACGGACAUAUUAAAACAGUGACAGUUAUUUCUAAAAACCUUCAAUAUAUACAUAUUCUUAUUGCUCUAAUUAAAUAUUUGCUUAGAAGUCUAAGCAGGACCUUUGUAAUAUCUAGACUCACUCAAACCACAAACCCAAACACUUGCAGGGUCAAGUCAGUCCGUCAUCCUCCUCCUGUAGAGUUCCCUGACACUUAUUACAUGGGUCUCUUUUGGGUGGAACCUUAAAAACAAAGUCAGAUUUUUUUAAAGGUAUUUAGGCACCUAAAACUGCAGAAAGGCGCUUACUGGGACUUUCAAAAGCACCUAGGCACCUAUCUGUAUCUUUAGGUACCAUAAUAACUU